AUGGACAGAAUAUUCUACAAGUCUACUUUACGUGAUCCCAUAACAAAUUAUCCCAUAUACAUUUUUGAUACCUCAUACUUACCAUCAACCGAUUUGAUAAACUAUGACAAACUAAUACCGGUACUAAUGCAACACUUGCCUUUAAAACCAUACGUAUUGGUAAUGUUUUCUAGUGGGUUAAACAAAAUUAGUUGGAUAUGGGGGUUAAAAUUUAUCAAGACUUUUAUGAGUAAUGCCAUCAAUCUAAACAAUUUGGUCAAGAUUUUCACAGUUCAUGAUUCAUGGUUCAUCAAAUCUGUUACUUCAGUCAUACACAAUUAUCACACAACUAAACACAAUAUAGAAAUAAUCAAUUACAUGUUGGAUGCUUUUGCUGUAGAACCAAAAGGUCAAAGACAUACUGAUGUUGUCCAUUGUCGGACAUUGAGUGAAUUGAGUCACUAUUUAAAUAUAACUUUAUUGAAAAUAUCAUUAAACAUCUACAAGUAUGAUUUACAAUUGGAAAAUGAGAUUAAAUUAUCAUUGAAAAUACCACCUGUUAUCAAUCCACAUGUCAUGUUAUCACCACAAACAAACCCUGCAUUUUAUCAUCAUGUAUAUCAAUUGUUCAAUAUAAUCAAUACUCAUGGCUGCAAAAAGGAAUUAAUCUGUUACACUCCGGGAAAGAGAGAUAAUAUAGAGAUUUUAUAUCAAUGCAUUUUGAGAAAUCAACUCAUUUGGAUAAAUGAUUGGGAUUUAUAUUGCAUUUCAACUGUUUUCAAAAAAUUAUUACUGGAUUUGCCAUUUGCAUUAGUUCCGUACGAGUUGAUACUACUACCUAUACAAGACGAUCUUGAAUAUACUCAAGCCACACUUAAUGCUAUUGUUACAUCGCAUCAACAAUAUGCAAAAACUAUCAAUUAUGACCAGUUACUAUUACAAUUAUUUCAGUUGUUUACAAAUUUAGUUUCAAAUGAGCAUGUCACCAAGCACACUACUACUACUAUUGCCAAAUGUAUGGCGCAUUGCUUAUCUCAUGAAAUAGUCUCCACCGACAAGAGCCGUGUACUCGUGAUUCAACGAUUCAUCAAGAAUGUAUUACUCUAUUGGGAAAAGUUGAAAGCAUCUUAUGAGUUCCCAUCAGUUGAGGAUAUUGUUAGUGGCAAGCAUCAACCGAAUCACUCUGAAAUUGCGUAUGAAAUGAGCUACGAAGUCACGUAUGAAGAAGAUAGUGACGAUGAUGAUGGUAGAGUUUUAUUCAAUGCGAGUAACAUCUUGUUUUCAAAUUCCGAAUUGGAGUUAGAAGAGAAGCCAAAGGCAAAGGCAAAGGCAAAGGCAAAGGCAAAAGCAAACGGCAUCAGUGUUCAUAAGGAUAACUCUCCAGAUUCAUUUAAUGAAGUGGGAAGUGGCAGACCUUCAAUUCAUGAUCUCAAGUCACCAUUAAAGGCUAAUAUGAGGGGUGACACAGUGGAGUUCUCACCCCCCAGACCUCCUAGGCCAGCAACUAGAGCUGGAUCAGUAACAAACAGAGAUUCAUCACCAAGUAAAACUCGUCAACCAAAAGACACACCACCAGUUCCAGCGCCAAGGGUAACCAAACAGCAGCAAGCACUACCUACUUCUGCAUUUACAAUUGAUAAAACACAACAACAGUCCGAUAGCACUAAAAUACAAGACGGUAGCAACUGUGGUUCUCAACAACAGCCUCAAUCUGAUAAAUCAUGGUUAAACGAUGAAAACAUUGCACCUAAAUCAGCUAUCACAAGUGCUGUCUCAAAGUCACAAUUGCGAUCACCACGAUCACCAAAACUGUCAACUACUUUAACCAACGUAUCUAAUCUCCAAUUGCAAUAUCCACCCCAGAAAUACCACUUUACGAAGCCCAAAUCCACAAUUCAUGAUGCACCUACUGGUGAAUCGACUACAUUGGCGACAAUUGCGCAUGCUCAAGGUCAUGUUGAUGUCGAGCAUCAAAAUGCAGAUUCGUCGGAACCACAACAGCAACAGAACAACAAGACCAAGAAGAAACCAGUGAUUCGUGGUCGUAAAGUAUCACAAUUGGCUAAAUUAUUUGAAGAACGUACUGAAGGUUUGGAAAUCUUAAAUAGCAUGUAA